AUGCCGGAGUACCAUCCCGGUCAUGGUCAUCGCGAACGGGAUGCGGGUGAUCCACGGAGUCGCUUUAAAUUUAUGCGACCAGGUCAGUACUAUUCCAGAGGACAUUUUAUAAAGGCAAUAGAGGAUGUAUGA